AAAUUUAGAGUUAUAUAAUUUCCCUUAAAUAUACUCCAUAAUUUAUGAUAUUUAUUUUAAUGCGAACAAAUUAGGGAGUGGGGUCCCACUUACAUGUCUGUAAAAUCCAGAAUAUCUCAUAUACUCCCUCAUCUCCAUGUGCUCUUACUCUUCAUCACUUCCUGUUUCCUGCUGUCAUUUCUCUCUCCUCUUUCCCACCUUCUCUGAUCACUCCAUGUGAACUUUCUCUAUUCAUUCAUUUCCUCUGCACUUGUAGAAUGUUCAUUGAAUGUCUCUCCAUUAACUCCAUGGAUUUCUGACCUUCUUUCUCUUUCUACUUUCUCUCUCUACUCUCUCUCCGCAUUUAUUAUUUCCUCUAUGGACUUCAAUACUCAUCUUGAUUACGUCCUCUUUCAACUCACUCCUACUCGAACAAGAUGUGAUUUGGUCAUCUUUGCCGGAAAAUCGAACGAGAAGUUAGCGUACGGUCUCCUUGAACCGUUUAUUGCUCAUUUACGAUCUGCUAAAGAUCAGAUUUCUAAAGGCGGUUACUCGAUAACACUUCGUCCAUCUUCUUCUCUCAAUUCUCAUUGGUUUACUAAAGGAACAUUGCUUAGGUUUGUGAGGUUUGUAAGUACGCCGGAAGUUUUGGAGAGAUUUGUCACAAUUGAGAGAGAAAUUGCGCAGUUGGAGAAUUCGAUUAAAUCAUAUGAGAAUUCAAAUGUUGCUGAUGAUAGUGUUGCAACCGAGAAUGAAGGAAAUUCCAAGGAUUCAGCAAUUUCUAUCAAGUCUCAAAGUGAAUCCAAUGACAGCAGUGAUCACGCACGGGAGGAAAAUUCAAAGGUCCGUCUGCAGCGUGUAUUGGAAACUCGUAAAGCAGUCCUCCGGAAAGAACAAGCUAUGGUUUAUGCUCGAGCUUUGGCAGCUGGAUUUGAAAUUGAUAACUUGCACAAUCUUCUUUCAUUUUCUGAUGCGUUUGGAGCAGAACGCUUGAGGGAGGCUUGCAUAAAUUUUAAAGAUCUCUGCAAGAAGAAGAAUGAAGACAGACUUUGGGUGGAUGAGAUUGCUGCAAUGCAGGCUAUGGUGCAGCCUGAAUUGGCUUUCAUGGGAACAUCUGGCAUUAUUCUUGCCGGUGAAGAAAAUGAUCCAUCUAAAGGUGUCAAACAGAAUGGUAGCACAGAUGUGUCCAUGUCUGAUUCUGUGGCAAGUCAUGGAAGUUCAGAUGCAAAUGCAGAUUCUCAGAAUCCAACUAUUGAUGCCAAAGCGCAAAUGUCAAAUCCAUGGGUGCAACAAUUUUCUCCAUACAUGCGUAACUUCCCGGGUCCCAUGUAUCAGCAAAUGCCCCCUUAUCAAGGUUAUGGCUUAACAGGCAUGCAGGUUGCCCCUCCGUAUUAUCCAAAUAUGCCAUGGCCAUCUGAUGUUAACGGUUAUGCUGAGCAUGAAUCACAUGAUCGUCGUGAUCAUAGAUCAUCGACCAAAAAGAAGGGGAAAUCCUCUAAUGCAUGGGGAUCAGAAAAGGAUCUUGAGGAACAUACGGGGUCCAGUGGAUCCAGUUCUGAGUCAGAUUCUUCAGUAGAGAGAUCUCAUAAGAAAAAGCACGGGAAAAAGUCUUCAAGGAAAGUUGUUAUACGCAAUAUUAACUACAUUACAUCCAAGAGAGAUGGAGAAAGGGAUGGUUCUUCUGAGACUGAUUCAUCUGAUGAGGAUGAUUACUUGGAUGGAGAUUCACUCAAGCAGCAACUGGAAGAAGCAGUUGGGUCUUUUGAGAAACAUAAAAAGUCAACUUCUCGUCAACACAAGAAACAUAAUGGAUCCAAGAACCAUAGUGCUGCUAUUGCUGUUGAUAAUGAUGAUGACGUUUCUGUGAAGAAUAACAAUGUAAAUAAAGGCAAUGAAAAUUGGGAUGCUUUGCAGCAGCUACUGAUGAGGGAGGAAUCAGAUUCUUACAACCAUGAGCCUCAUUCAGUGUCAGCUGAAGAAAAAUUCUUCGCCACCGAGAGAUCUUGUGAGCAAAGUUCAGGUGCAUUCAAGCCAGAAGCAGAGGGGAGGACAAAACAUAAACCAAUGGCUACUGAUGCUUUUCUAGUUACUGAAAAGGGUGCAGGAGAUAAUGAUGAUGUGCAGAAAGUCUUGGUUCAAGGCUUUGACCCCAGCGAGAGUGCUCGCCGAGUAAUUAGAAGGGGUAACACUCCUGAAGAGUUCCUCUUUUCACAAAGAAAUGAAGAAACAGACAAUUAUACACGUGUAUUGCUCUCUGAUGAUGUUUCCCAUUCGUCUGUGAUCAAAAGCCAUACUAGUGAUGAUUGGUUUGUAGGAAAACAAUCCGAUGGAGCAGCGAAUCAGGGAGGAAGCAAUCACCUCGGGUUUAUUGAAGGAGAUUAUUUGAGAUCUUCAACUGAUCAGGUAGAGCAACGUAGUAAGCAUGUUAUUGUUGAUGAUUCUUUCAUGAUUCAAGGUCGAUUCACAGAUGGGCAUCCUGAGUCCCAGCUGAAGACAGAUAUUAGCCUUGUUUCUGAUAUUGUUGAGGCCACCCUCAUGGAAAAUGUAACAGCAGUUCCGCAGCAAAAAUCUGAAUCGUUUAAUUUCUAUGAACCAGAUGAGCUUUACAUGGUUCGUGAUCACGAUACUGUUGUGGAACAAACAGUACCAUCUUGGAAUCCUGAGCUAGAUUAUGAAAAUUACAUAUCAAUGAAUGAUUCGACUAAGAAAUCAGAUUUAGAUACAUGUGAAGAGACAAAUGUGGAAUCUAACAAAAAAAAUCUUGACAGCAAAAAGAAUGGGAAAGCUUCAAGUAGAGACCCUAGGUCAAGAAUCGUGAAUGGGCCAUUGCGAAAAACUAAACCAGAUAGCACUCCAGGAACUAAAAGGUCUACUUUUGGCAGUAAAACAAUUACUCCCAAGAGCUUACUUGAAAAGAAACAAGAAGAAGAGAGAAGAAAGAGAAUGGAAGAGCUACUUAUUCAAAGGCAAAAACGAAUUGCUGAAAGGAGUUCUGUACGUGGUGGUAACGCAAUGGCAUCUAGGAAGGCUCAAACUGGAAGUAAAGCAGUUACAACUAAUGCUACCACUGACAAGUCAAAGCCAAAACCUGUCCUCAGGAGUUCCACCAUCGAACGACUUGCAGCUGCAAAGACAUCUCCAAAAUCUCCUAGCCCUCAAGCUAAGAAGGAAGCUCCUAAAGUAAAAGGUACCAAUUUGAACAGUGGUGCUCAGAAGAUUAGUAGUACAGAUACCAAAAAAUCCAAUGCAGACAAGAAAAUGUCUUCAGAGAGAAAAGCUGGUGUUGAAAAUCUAAAUGGGGCAACUGUAUCAGUUUCAGAUGCGAUGGAAGAAAAAAGCACUUGUAAACUUGAUGCUCCAGCUUCCCAUAUGGUCGAUGUUCCCAAAGACAUCAAAGAGCUACACAUUACAUCUUCAACCAUUAACAAGGAUGUAAAAGUAGUAGCGCAGAUUGAAGCUUCAUACGAAAAGGUAGGAAACCCCCUUGAAGAUAAUUCUACAACCUUAAAUUCUAUCAAGGAAAUAAACGAUAAUAUAUCUAAAGAUACUGUAUCUACUCUAAAAGAGGGAAAAGUUUCUGAUGAUCAUGAUAAAUCUAAUCCAGAAUUGAAUAUCCACCCAGUGCCCGAGUCACCUCCCAAGCAGUUGAGUUCCACUUCGAUUUCCGAGGAAACAGUCGUGAGUAGUCCAAUCUCUCCAGAAAUAUCUGAGAUAGAAGAAUCAACUCCAACUAAGGAAACAAGUGUAGAUCUUGUCCAGACAAGGAAGAAAUGGGAUGGGGCUGAAAACUCCCCAAAAACAGCCAAGGGGUUCAGGAAGCUUCUCAUGUUUGGUCGAAAGAGUUAGAGUUCACCGGAUAAGAUGUAAAUCAUGCACAAAGAUAAAUUUCAUACACCACUUUUGAUGGCCAUUUCAUGUUUAUACUGCAGAUAAUAAACCAAAGGAAAGAGAAUCCUUUGCUGCAUAAUUUUACUUCUCGGUCCAGGAACUUUUAUAAUUCAACUUUGAGUGCCUUCCGAGUAUGAAGAGUAUUUGAUUGAAGUCCCGCUGUGAGUAUUCAGUUUUAAAUAUUAUAGACUAUAAUGUGUGCACAUAUUAUAUCUUUAUCUAGUGCAUUGAUCAAUUUGAUUCUUACAUUUGCUUGUGUUGUAUUCUUUGUAGUUUGUACAAGUAUAAUCUGUGUGUACUUUGUUUAUACUUUAUACCCUCGUAAUGAAAUUGAUUAAUUA